ACUUCUCAGGUGCGGAACUUUUCUCUCCACUCUUCUUCCUGUUUUUUCUUUUCAUUUCUAUUUUUUACGCUCUGUUUGGUUGCUUAGAAAAUUUCCGGAAAAAAAGAAAAGAGUUGAACUGUUUUAAUGACAGGUUAGGGCUGAGAAGCCUCUGAUUUUGGGUGAAGGCAAGUCAAUAAGCGACUGCUCAGUCUGCUUUGCGUAUUUGAGGGGAUUAUCAGUUCAAAGAUAUGAAGGGACGUGUAAGAUGGGAUGAGGCUAAUCUGGGUGAAAUUGAGGCAAACAAACCUGUGAGGCAGAAAAUAACUGAACCCAAGACACCUUAUCACCCCAUGAUUGAUGAGGAUGAUGAACAUGGGUCUGUAUCUCCCAUACGCGGUGAUUUAGAUGAUGGCUGCGAUAAUGUCAUUCAUGCAGAGGCAAUACGAAAUGCUUUGAAUGAUGUAGCUUCUUCAAGUAGAAACACUUCUCUCUCUGGUGGCUGGACAUCAUCUGACGAUGAGGCAGAUGCAAUGGAACAAGAUGAUGAAGACUUCGAAACAGACAGGAACGGUAUGAGUUUUAAUGAGCACCGGCGAGCACACUAUGAUGAGUUCCGAAAAGUGAAAGAACUCCGGAAACAGGGUUCAUUUAUGGAGGAUGAAGCUGAUGAGGACAAUGAGGGAAAGGAAAAUGGAGGAAGAUGCGAUUCAUCUUCAGCAAGGGCUCGUUCAAAAGAAGGCAGCUCAACUUUGCCUAAGAAACCAUCAGCACCGCCCAAUGGGGUUUAAGCUCACAAGCAUAGCUAACUGGCCUUAAUUUUCUGCAAUUUUCUGGUAUUUUAGUGCCAAAUGACUCUUAUGACUCCAUGUUUCUUUUAAUUUGCUUUUUGCAAUUUUCUUGUAAAGAUGCUUUUCUUCUUGGUGUGUCAUCUGACAAGCUUGCUUUCCAGCAGAAUUUCAUGGGUUUUAAUUGGGCUUUAUAUAUGUCCAUCAUUCAGGCA